AUGUCUUCGUACGCAUUGGCUUCUGCCUCCGAUCUUUCACCAUCAGACGCGCCGUCGUCGUUCUCAGCGUCAGACGACAAUGCGAUACAGUACAUCAGCAAGACACAAGCUACACCGUCCACACCAAUACCUGCCUCUACAUUCGUGUAUUCAUACGGCCGUCCAAAGUCUAGCGUCUGGACGCUCUUCAGCGAGGCGAGUGAAAAUGGCCGAGUCAAGGGUCUUCGCUGUUCCACAGAGAAAUCCAACCCGAAAGCCCACAAACUGGAGAGCCACUUCAUGCACUGUCAGGAUUACACAUUGGAGGAGAGGAAGAAGCGAAAGCGCACUGCCAUUGAGCGUAAGGAGAAGGAUAUCCGGAAGAGGAGACGACAGAGAGGCGUCCAGCUUGACGGAGAAGACGCUCUGUUCAGUGCACAUUUAGGUAGCACACCGGCUCGUGACCGUCGUUGA